AUGCCACAUCCCGACACUCUCACCGCAUCGUCAGAAUGUCCAGAUAUCUACGCAGAAACCAUGCCUGGCAACCCGCCAUAUCUUUCCGUUACCAUCAACGACCCCGAGACCCUCUCAGUCCUAGGCGACGCGCUAGCCACAUCAGGCGCCGACAUCCGCAUCCUGCAGCCACAGUCUUCACGCAAGUCUGCCGACGACUGCUUCUCGCUCCCCGUCACUGCAAUCAGAGCGCUGCACAUCGGGAUAUCUCCGCUCGUCUCCUCCGAUGAUGUUCUAAACGACGGUGACACCUACGGCCCAUUGAUGACUCCUUUCAUCCAAAGCUGGCGCGAAGCAUUUCGUAGUCUCCCAGAGCGGCACUCAAUCGAGCGCGUUGUAUUCAACGUGCGCUGUGAAGAUCCAGGCACGGUACGGAAAAGUGGCCAUUUGCUCCAGGAAGUGAGCACAGGGAUGUAUGUAAAAGCGAAACGGACAAUGGGGAGGGAGAUAGUGUUUAGGGUUGUGGGCUAUAAGGAUGUAAAGCACAAGCGAUGGCUGGAGGGAGCUCUGCCUGACUGCGAACACGUCAUCAAGCCGUCGUCCUCGCGUUCCACGCCGGUGUGCUUCCCUGCCCCAAAGUCGCCAUGCUCAACAAACUGCACGCGCAGUAUCUACACUACAAAGCCCCAACUUCCCUUGGCCUGGCUCAAGCGACAAGAAAACCUGCAUCAGCAUCCAUUCAUCUGCCCCGUCUGCAUCGAAGAUCAGAUACGCAGUCAGUACGCGCGAUACGUAGGGAAGCAAAAGGCACGAUCGGAUGCGCGGAUAGUAACAGACGAUAUGGAAACGAACGUGCAGCUUUGGACGUAUGAGGCUGUGUUAGAGGUCGCAGCGCAGGGAGGUAGGGUCUGCGAAGCAGCCUCUGGAGAUGGCGAGAGGUCUGUCUUUCGGAUCAAGUAUCUUGAGGGGUUCAAGGCUUUAGGACAGAAAACAGACAUCAUGGAUAGGGUUUGGGAGAUGAGAGUCGUGCGCGAAGAGAUUGGAGUUGAGGAGCAGAACAUGAUCACGCCCAAUGAAGAUGUAGAGAUGGACAACUUAGCUGAGCAGCUUUUGGACACAAAAAUUGCGAUUGCGCAAGACAGCGCAGUUGAUGAUCUUAUGGAGGGUGUGUCAAGAUUGUAG